AUGAUUUUUAGCAAGUUACCAAUGCAAGGAGCAACAUGCCCAUUUCCGUCCUUGCUAAUAUCGAAGGCUUGCAAAGGAACUGCAUCUAUCUCGUCCCAAGAACAAGCAUGUAUAGAAUCCCUAACCUCUAAUCGCCACACAGCCUCCGCAUCAACUUUAUAUGAGUUGGCUAACGUGUCUUUCGCGCUGGCGAUGGAGAAGGCAGCAAGAACGAUGAUUCUCAUCGGUUUUCCAAAGAAACCGUGUUUCAAGAGUUGUGCGGAAAACUAUAAAGAUUCUGUCGUCGAAGGGCUAAAGAAGGCAAAGUGGUCGUUGGAGAAAGGAGAUCUGGAUGAGGCCGAUGAUGAGCUUAGCGUCGCACGUGACGCAGCUGAUUAUUGUCAUAUGGUUUUGUCGGUUGAUCCGGACGAUGCAAGAUCUCCGAUUUUUUUGGCCAACAAAGAUGUGUAUAAUCAUAUUACAUAUGCCAUGAGUGUGGCGGACUUGUUAUAG